AUGGCCCCCGGUCGCCCACGGUCUCUGCGCACGCUUGCCUUUGGCGCAAGCCGCCGCGACUCCUCGCCCUCCGCUGUGCGCAGUCCGUCUCCCACCUUCUCCGAUGCGACGCACGCCUCCGCGAUGAACUUCGGCGCCAACGGUCCUGAGAAGAUUAUCACUCGCGCAGACCUCAAGGCGAGCAUUCAGGCGUAUGAGGAGUUAAUGGAGAAUAGCGCGCGAUACCGCAAUGCGCUGGUCGAGAUGUCGCGGGCGACAGCCGCAUUCGCGGAUGCCCUGGAGGCAUGCAGUGGGCUCAAGGGCCCUUCAUACGAAGCGGGUACACGCUUAUUGGCUGCUUCUGGAUUGCAUCAUCUCAUGGGCAAUCACUGGCACGUCUUGGCCGAUACCAUCGACAAGACCUUCGAGAAACCCCUUCGCCAGCACCUUGAUACGUACAAGACCAUCGUCAACGAAAGGUCGGCACAGUAUGAGCGAGCUCUGCGGGAGAAGAGCCAGGUUAUACGACAGACGGAAGCCCGGAACAUGAACAGGAAGGAACGCAAUUUGCAGAGCUUCCGUGAAGCCCUGACUGUACUACAACGACAAGUGGAUGAGCUGGAUGAAUUGAAGGUCGACCACUACCAGGAAAUCAUGGAGCAUGAAGAGGAAGUGUGGAAUGUGGUCCAAGGAAAGACGUGCGUGGUCGUACGCUCCACGAUGGACGUACUCGACCGCUUCACUUCCAAAGCCUCGGACCCCGUAAUCGAGGUCAUGCUGCAGACUGUGCCAGACCCCUUCGACGCCUACGGACCGCCACCAGCGAAAGACCAAAUUUACUCCAUCCUCCCGCCGCUUUCUAUUAUGGGCGGGCCGACCUCGUCAGCAUCAACGCCUACCGCUCAAACGCCCGAGGUGCAUUCUAAUGGCCUACCCGCGGCGGCUUCGGUUCUGGCAUCAAUGAACCCGUCGUGGGUUCCCGCGUCCGUCUCAAACGACGACGUCUACCGCUCAGAUACCGCGGAGUGGGCCGAGAGUCUGCCGCCCGCCUUCACGCCACCGCGCUCCACAUCGCCAACCUCACGCUCUCCGCCAAGCUCGACCUCGCCCACGCACGCGCGACGCCACUCGAUACCUCCGCGGAAGGCCGAGUCAAAGCUGCGCUCUGUGCUCUCUGUCAUCGACGAGAACAAUGCUCGAUCAGAUCCUGAAGGGCCUGCACAUUCGCAUUCGACGCCGGAUUUACGCGGAGCGGGUGUGGUGUACGAAGCGCCUGAUCCGAUGAACCCCUCCUGGUCCUUCACGGAUGCACAUCAGCGGCUGGGCUCUGCAGGCACGGACGAGACGGACGAUGCAACGACGCCGCGUCAUUCGACGUUCUUCCCGCCAGACACUGAUGUCGUGCCGGACGACACUUCGCAGCAGAAGCACGCUGUGGCAGCUGCAUGA